CGAAUUUCAACAGGCCAACCUGCGACAACGAGCAAUCAGUUUAGAACGACCCGCAGUCAGCACUCCCAACCACAGCAAUCACUUGCUAUUUCUCCAUCCUAGCGACCGCAACUAUGACCCACGAGUCUGUCUGGUACUCACGUCCUCGCGACUACGGCAAGGGUGCUCGCGAGUGCCGUGUCUGCGCGCAUCGCGCCGGUCUCAUCCGCAAGUAUGGUCUCAACAUCUGCCGUCAGUGCUUCAGGGAGAGAAGCCACGACAUUGGUUUCGUCAAGCACCGAUAAAUUCUCGCAUCAAGCAUUCCGAUAAUGACAAUGAGCAUGUACGCAUGCAUAUAUCGAGCGAAAGAGGGUUAACAGGAUGUGGGGUCUUUGGUUUGAGGACAACCCUCCAAUAACCUCCUUGGUGAAAAGAUCAAGGGCUUGCAACUGGUAUUUUAUGCAUAACGGCGAAAUAGAGUCUGUAGGGCUAUUGAAUGCAUGUCAAGAUUUUGAGCAUAAUCUGAGUUCAUCCUUCCUCAGAGAACUUUACAACUCGGCUGUUUGCGUGCUGCCUGCUGAUUGUUAUAAACGCCAAGAAAUGCAAAAAGUCCAGAAACACAGCUAUCCGCUUCUAGUUUCCAUUGCGGUCAAAUGGGUAAUGUGAACUGACAGCAUGUGUAGGCUGGAUUAAGGACUGGGCAGAAUUGAUUCUGCCGUGUCUGAUUUUGAUGACGGACGUAAUCGAGUUUUUUUAUAGAAUCAGAAGGCCAAGUCCGCGAGGAAUUCGCAUGAGAUAAGCAGUGACAGGCUCUAAAUUCGGCUUUGGGGUGACUUUAAAGCUACUCCGUGCCAUGUCUCCGCGUGUCUGAUGUGCAUCACCCUAUCUUAGUACCCCUUGAAUCUUAGGUCAGACCAGCAUUCUUAUCAACCAAUCACCCAUGAUCGAUGGUAGAACAAACGACUCCUAUACUCAUCUAACAUAAAGAGCGCAAGUGCAUCGGAACCUUUUCUUUUUCUUUUUUUAUCUUUCCUUCUUUGAGAGACUGUAUCUCAAAAUGUCUGUCCCCAAGCCCGGCCAGAAGAAGGCUGUACUAUUCUCGUGCAUGCCAUCUCACGACAUCAUCAACGAGCUUAUCAAAACAGUACGUAGGCACAAUUAUCAUGUCUCGCUGCUGGUUAUGUCUCCUCUCGCUUUCAACUUCGCUAUGACUGGCGACGGAAUUCGAGAUAUGAGCAAGACAAUUGCGGAUGUCAUCGAUAAGACCUGGGACCCGCCAGCCAUUCUAUCUGUUACUAGUACGCGUCAGGUCGAGGACAUCUACUGUAGCAUCGAUCCGGACAUCGCGCUAUGCUAUUACUUCGCGUAUCCAAUCAGCAAAAAGAUGCUGGACAUGAGAGCCAAAAUUAUUAAUAUGCAUCCGGGGAAAAUGCCUGUGGAGCGAGGUCCAUUUCCGGCGUUGUGGCCGACAAUGUAUCCCGACAAGUACUCAAUGGACGACUUGUGCGCAACGUUCCACUAUAUGAACGAGAACGUGGAUUGCGGGCCUAUCAUCAAGCAGAUCCCUCUGAGAGAUCGUUAUCCGGAGGGAACGACAUUGCGAAAUCGUCCUAUUGGGCUCAUCGAGAUAGCUACUCCUGUGUUUCUAGAGCACUUGGAUGAAGUCAUCACGCUCACGGAGCAAGGAUAUGAAGGUACAGCACAAGAGCAGCCUGAUUUUGCACCACAGAGGAACGAGGGCAGCGGCUAUGGGGCAAGACGCCCAACAGAGGAAGAGAAGGUUAUCCAACCCACGUGGAGUAAAGAGAGAGUGCUUACUUUGGGGCGGGCUCUAGGUGAGGCGGAUGGGCUGGAGGAACCGUAUUUUUGGUGGAAUAGGCGCCGCUAUUUGGUAAAAAGGAUGGAAGAGUGGGAGUGGCCAGGCAAGCAUCCUGGCAAGCCGGGUGAUGUGAUCAGAGUUGGGUUUGAUCUUGUGGUCAUGUUUGAAGGGGGUCCAAUAAGAAUGGCGACGAGGAUUAAGUAGCGUUAUUUCUUCCAUACCAAUUCGAUUUGUCCAGGACUGACUGCUCGCAAAUUCUUUGCGCUUCGUAUGUCCUCAUGGGGAAUGCUGAAGAAAAAGCUAUUUCGCAGCCGAGAUGUUAAGCAGACAAAGUGUUUAUUCUUUCAUAAGAUGACUGAU